CGCAGACGCCUCUCACGGGCCGGACGUGACGUAGGGAGAGUUCCGGCUUCGGCCUCCGCCGCUGCCGCCGCUACUACAGCAGCCGACGCUGCUUCCGUCGGGGCUUGUUAUUUCUAAAAUGGCGCCCCUAGACUUGGACAAGUAUGUGGAGAUCGCGCGGCUGUGCAAGUACCUGCCGGAGAACGACCUGAAGCGGCUGUGUGACUAUGUUUGUGACCUCCUCUUGGAAGAGUCAAAUGUCCAGCCAGUAUCAACACCAGUAACAGUGUGUGGAGACAUACACGGACAGUUUUAUGACCUCUGUGAACUAUUCAGAACUGGAGGUCAGGUUCCUGACACAAACUACAUAUUUAUGGGUGAUUUUGUAGACAGAGGUUACUAUAGUUUGGAAACCUUCACUUAUCUUCUUGCACUAAAGGCUAAAUGGCCUGAUCGUAUUACACUUUUGCGAGGAAAUCAUGAAAGUAGACAGAUAACACAGGUCUAUGGAUUUUAUGAUGAAUGCCAAACCAAAUAUGGAAAUGCUAAUGCUUGGAGAUACUGUACCAAAGUUUUUGACAUGCUCACAGUAGCAGCUUUAAUAGAUGAGCAGAUUUUGUGUGUUCAUGGUGGUUUAUCUCCUGAUAUCAAAACACUGGAUCAAAUUCGAACCAUUGAACGGAAUCAGGAAAUUCCUCAUAAAGGAGCAUUCUGUGAUCUGGUUUGGUCAGAUCCUGAAGAUGUGGAUACUUGGGCAAUCAGUCCCCGAGGAGCAGGUUGGCUUUUUGGCGCAAAGGUCACAAAUGAGUUUGUUCAUAUCAACAACUUAAAACUCAUCUGCAGAGCACACCAACUAGUGCAUGAAGGCUAUAAAUUUAUGUUUGAUGAGAAGCUGGUAACAGUAUGGUCUGCUCCUAAUUACUGCUAUCGUUGUGGAAAUAUUGCUUCGAUCAUGGUCUUCAAAGAUGUAAAUACAAGAGAACCAAAGUUAUUCCGGGCAGUUCCAGAUUCAGAACGUGUUAUUCCUCCCAGAACGACGACACCGUAUUUCCUUUGAGGCCUUCGCCCAUCCUGCUGACCCAUUUUUUUGCCCUCUUCUUACCCCAACUUUUGUGUAUUACCGUCUACAAUAUACUUUUUAUUGAGCACUUUGCUGCUGAAAUGCUGCCUCUUGCCUUUUUUUUAAUUUUAAAUUAUCUAAAUUUAUUGUUUGUUAUGGUGUCUAUAGCAAUGUUUUUCUAUCAGUUUUCUCCCCCGUCUCAUCCCCACCUUGGACUCAUUUGAGAAGACUUGAGAAAUGUCUUAAUACUCACACUGCUGCAUGUAGCUCUUGCUUAUUUACUGGUCUGAGGGAAACAGAAAGUGUUUCCUUUUUUUAAAAAGCCAAUUGACAGAACAGACUACACUGAAAUACUUCUCCUUUUGUAUCAUUCAGCCUUUUGUUUUAGUUUGGUAAGUUUUAAGAAAUUUCAGCAGCAAAGUUGUUAUUCAAUGGGCACGAUGGACUGCAAAUGCCUCGAGUUAUGUAUACCUGUCCCAGCUGUAAACUUCAUUGUCCUUUGUUGGAUAUUUUAAGUGGAUAUAAAAUAAAUUGGUCUAAAGGGCUGCCCUCCUUGUUGUGUUUUUAAAUUUUGGUUAAAAACUGCUACAGCUUAUGACUUUGUACGUUAAGAUAAUUGUAUUGAUCUUUUUUCAGAUUCCUUGUAUUUUUUAAUAAAAUAAUCUUAAAUAAAACCCAGGUAGGUUAAAGUGUUAGAAAUUUUAAACAAUUUACAUUGUUAGCUUAAAGUUAUUCUUUUUUUCCUAAUCAGAGUUCUUGACCCUUUGGUUAUUGAGUUUAAAACUUCAACUUAAAUUCAAUACUAUUUAUUUAAAAAAAAUCACUAAACUGUGCCUAAAGAACAUAACUGCCAUAUUAAUGUUUUGAUUUAUAUUCUCUAUAGUAAUAGAAAAACAUUUAAUACUUGUAAUGCUGAUGUAGUCAUUUGAUACCAGUUGAGUAGAAUGUGAUCAAUCAAUCCAGUUUACAACCUGUCAUGAGUAUCAUUAAGUAAAAUCUGUGUACUUUUUAAUAGGAAUCAUUCUUCUUUUGCUGUAACACUUGACCUUAACUUUUAGAAAGUGUUCAUUUUUUAACUGCAACUGGAAAGGUUUAAAAGUCAGGACUCUUGUAUUUGUGAACUGUAAUCUGAAGCAGAUUUUAAAAAGUGUAGGAAGAAACAAAUUGUCCUUUUUUGUACAGGUCUGUGAUACCAUGUUUUGGCUUUGUGUAAGUAAUUUGAAUAUCCAAAGGGUUGUGAUGAUCAGUUCUUGAUAUGCAACUGUCCACUUAAUAAGGACAAGUGUUCCAGUGUCUCUUAUGACUGGAGUCAUAAAUGAUGUUGGAAUUUACCAUUUUGUGAAAUAGUUGGUAUCCCUUUACUACUAUAAUUAAUUUUUGUCAUUCCAGGAACUCUUUGUGAAGCCAGCCAAUUAAUAAAGCACUUUAGCAUCUGUUCAGGUAGUUUUGAAAACCAAUUUUUCCCCUUCAGGAUAAGAACUUCCAGGUUACCUAAAAAUGCAAUAAAAAUCUUUAUAGUCUAAGCUUCUUGGCACAUAAUUUUUCAUCAGGGUUUUCUUUUAUUAAAUGAGCACAAUACUAUUUUGAUGUUUUUGUUUUUUCCCCUCAACCACCCAGCCCCUUGUAUAGUUUUUAAUUGUAUAGCUGUGUGAAAGAAGUGGCUGCACACACUUGAACUGUUGGGUCAGUAGCUUUGUGUUACUGCCCUGACCCCAGUGUAAUUCAGGGGGAAAGAUACUUUUUAUGUUACAGGGAUAUGUAGCUAUGUAUUUUACUAAUUGUGAAACACUGGAAAUUAAUGAUGCAGACAACUUGGUGUGGUCUUUAAACAGCUCUCUGCAGUAUUUUUUUCUGUUACCAUAAAUUGUAUUUAAGUGCUUGCUCUCCACUGCUUUUAAGUUGUAUGAAUAGACUGGUAACCCUCA